AUGGGAGCGGGGCUGCGCCUGGACCGCCCCGUGUGGCCUGGAGUGCACGUCUGCACCACGCCGUUCGGAGCGAAGGUGGUGCGGGGCCCCAGUGGGGAGGGGGGCUGGCACUCGAGUCCGGCUCUGGUGUGCACUGGCUGCCUGGCGGUGCACAUUGGAGAGAGCAGACUCCCUUCCAACCCCUCUUCUCACCCGCCAACCGCCCCCAAGCUGGAGCCCUGUGCUGUUCUGUUCAGCAGGUGUGGGCUGGGCCUGGCCAGGAAGCUGGGCUCUCAGGUGGCCUUCCUGGGACCUGACUGGGUGGUGCACAUCCAGGGACCUUCGGGCCGACCAGGAGCUGCAGAGACAGGUGGUGGAACUGCCCCCUGUGCAGCCACAGUCCCUCCGGGCACCAUGCGGAUCACUGCUGGGUGCUGGGUGCUCAGGCGCCUCUGGCUCGCCCCGCCGGUCCGGCGCCUGCACGCGGGUCACCGGCUCCUGGCGCCCCUGGCCCUUGCUGACUUUGAAGCCAUAAACCGCGGCGAGAGGCCAUUGCCCGAGAGCUUUAACUUUGCUGGGGAUGUGCUGGACCAGUGGUCCCAGAAGGAGCAGACAGGAGAGAGACCGGCCAGCCCCGCCCUGUGGUGGGUGAACGGCAAAGGGGGCGAGGUGAAGUGGAGCUUCGGGGAGCUGGGCAUCCUGUCCCGAAAGGCCGCCAACGUGCUCACCCAGCCUUGCGGCCUUGCGAGAGGCGACCGAGUGGCGGUCAUUCUGCCCCGAGUCCCGGAGUGGUGGCUGGUCAACGUGGCUUGUAUGCGAACAGGGCUUGUCUUCAUGCCGGGCACCACGCAGCUGACCGCCAAGGACAUCCUCUACCGGCUGCGGGCCUCCAAGGCCAGGGGCCUGGUGGCCAGUGAGGAGGUGGCCCCAGCAGUGGAGUCCAUCGUGUCCGAAUGUCCUGACUUGAAGACCAAGCUCCUGGUGUCUCCGCGCAGCCGGCCGGGGUGGCUCAGCUUCCAGGAGUUAUUUCAAUGCGCUUCCGCAGAGCACAGCCGUGUGGAGACGGGCAGCCGGGAGCCGGCGGCCAUCUACUUCACCAGCGGGACCUCGGGCUCGCCCAAGAUGGCCCAGCACUCCCACAGCAGCCUGGGCAUCGGGUACACGCUCUGUGGAAGGUACUGGCUGGACCUGGAGUCCUCGGACACCAUAUGGAACAUGUCCGACACUGGCUGGAUCAAGGCCGCCAUUGGCAGCGUGUUCUCUCCCUGGCUGCAGGGAGCCUGUGUCUUUGUGCAUCAGAUGGCCCAGUUUGACACUGAUACCUUCCUAGAGACGCUCACCACUUACCCCAUCACCACCUUGUGCUGCGCGCCCACUGUGUACCGGAUGCUCGUGCAGAAAGACCUUAAGAGAUACAAAUUCCUGAAGCUGCGGCACUGCUUGACGGGAGGGGAGCCCCUCAACGCAGAGGUGCAGGAGCAGUGGAAGAGGCAGACAGGGCUGGACCUGCACGAGGGCUACGGACAGACGGAAGUGGGCAUCAUUUGUGCCAAUCUGAAAGGACAGAAAAUUAAACCGGGCUCGAUGGGGAAGGGAGUCCUGCCCUAUGAUGUCCAGAUUAUAGAUGAAAAUGGCAACAUCCUGCCAACUGGCCAGGAAGGAGACAUUGCCCUCGCACUGAAGCAUACCCGGCCCUUCUCUUUCUUCUCAGAAUAUGUGGACAAUCCAGGGAACUGCCGCCACGAUAAGAGGGAAUUUUAUGUCACUGGAGACAGAGUGAUGGACAGCGACGGGUACUUCUGGUUUGUUGGCAGACUGAUGACCACAGGCCUUGUGGAGUUUGUUGAACAGCUCCCGAAGACCAUCACGGGGAAAAUCAAGCGCAAUGUCUUAAGAGACCAGGAGUGGGGACGGACAUAG